GCGGUCAAAUGUCUGGGACGCUUAUUUUCUUGCGAAGAACGUCCAUUGCAUUAUCGUGUCGAGUACAACAACGGCUGCAUUUGGAAACCGACUAUCUUCUCAUCACAUUCAAAUAAGUAAUAUACACGUGACCGAAAAUGGCAACAGCUAAACCAAAUAAAAAGGCCUCGGCGGUGGCGAUUGACCUGCCAGAAUGUCCAGUGUGCAUGGAAACCAUGAGUGCACCGAUAUUCCAGUGCCAGUCGGGACAUAGCCUGUGCAACUCCUGCACGCAGAAUCUGAUGCCGCCGAUAUGCCCCAUCUGCCGCCAAAACCUCACGCAAAUGAGGAACUGGCAGUUGGAAGAAAUCGUUGCUAAGGCUAAAGUACCGUGUCCUAAUAAAUCAGCGGGAUGUGUGUACACCAUGGUGUCUGUCGACAUGCAGGAGCAUCUCAAGGAAUGCAUCUUCCGAGAGAUGGAAUGCCCUCUCGGUGUCGUGUUUGGAAAAUGCUCCUGGACAGGUAAACUGAAGGACAUGAUGGAACACUUUAAGGAACGUCAUACUGCUCACUGCAGCGCCACCUCUGAUGAGGAGGUGGAACUUACCAACGUAGAUAUCAAAAAUGAUGAUCGCCACUUCUUCCUCGUGGCCCAAACUAAGUUCUUGUUCAUCAUCACUGUGAAGAUCGACACUCUUCAGAACAUGGUGUACUGGACCGUUCAGCACAUUGGCAGCAAGAAAGCAGCACAUGAUCAUAUUUACGAGAUACAUGUGUUGAGCAAACAGAACCCUAGACGGAAAGUCGUGUUCACAGAACAUUGCUUCAAUGAUGCCAUUAAGCCUGAAGAGAUCUUCCGUCAAGGAAAGUGUGCUGCUCUGCCUUUGGAAAUGUUGGUUCACUAUAUCAAGGAUAAAAAACUCUCGUUCAGGUUCUUUAUUAAAAGAAUCCCACCAGCGCCUAAACCUAAUAAGAAUGAGAAAGGUGAUGGCAAUAAUGACAACAAACCUGCACCUAAAGGUCCCGGACCAAAACCUAAAAAUCCAAAUCAGGAUUCUAAGCCUAAGCCAAAUGGGGCUGGUCCCAGCGGAAAGGGUAACAAAAAUAAGGCUCAAGCGUAAUUUCAAGGAAUUGCGAACCUCCAAUUUCCUUGUUCGCUACGAAAAUAACAGAGAAAAUUUUCUAUUUUUUAUUGGGUAUGUAACUAGUUUGCUUGUUACAAUGAGAAGGUCGGAGUUGAAGUUCAAUACGCGUGAUUACCUCUACCACAUAAGGCUUCAUAAAGCUCUACAUUAUUUUGAAGUAUGUGAUGUGUGUAUAAAAAAUAAAAGUUGCCUUUGCAUGUCUGUUCUGUAAUGGGUUAAUGUUCAGAAGUAGGCAAAGGCGAGUGGUGAGUGUAGCCGCACUUGACCUCACCAAAAUUCUUCUUUACUGGGCUAGUAAUAAAAUAUUGAACCUUGAAUGUAAAGCCGCCUCUAACAUAAGGCGGAUCUCAGCAGACAAACAAACACGGUGAUUGGUUGCUAUGGAUUGGUCCAAAGUAAAAAAAAAAACAAUUGGCUCUGUCCUCAACCCCUUCACAGUUUAGUCUGCUGGGAUGGUUCAUCAAGGGAACCUUGUUUAUGCUAGAUCCAGGCAAUCUAUUGCGUGAACGAUGUAAGGCAACUUGGGAACACGCCAAGCAUAAAAUAUAGAACCCUAUAUUUUAUGUGGAUGUGAGCCCAGAUUAUGCCAAGGGUUUAUCCAACCGCUGGCAUUGCAUUGAGUAUUAUGGGCAAAUGCACUACGAUACUCUUGUACACACAUACAUAUUUACCUAAUGUAAUAAGAUACUAAUCAAGUAUCCAUUAUGUAGCCCUAAUGUGGUGUAGGAAAAACAAGUUUUGAGCUGUAAUUAAGACCUAUCACUAACGAUCAAUUUAGUUACUUAAAAAAUUGUUUAUCCUCUAAUGUUUAAUGGUAUUCAUAUGAUAAUAUUCCUUAUACAUAUACGUAUUCCUUUGUUUUGUAAUUAUUUUAUUAGAAUAGUCCUUUGUUAGGUAUAAGGUUUUUAUUCUGAAGUUCAUAUAUUUCUUACAUUUAGGUACUGGCAGGCUCUUUAUGCCCAAGGUGCCAAGUAUUGUUGAGAUAAAAAUGUCUGGAUGCAAAAUCUUUAUCCAAAGCAUAAGAUCACACUUUAAUCAUUGUUUGUAGUAGAAUUAGUGUAGAUGAUAGUUAUUUUUUAUUAAAACUUUAUAUUAAGAAUGCUCCAUGGUACAAUUGUAUCAUACCUAAUGUAACUUUAUUACGUAAUUCAAAUUAAAGAUGUCUAAACAUAA